GAGAUAUAUCGGGUCACAGAUAUAUCGCGGACGUCCUGACGCGAGGAUCGUUUCGUCGCCGCGACACGCACCGAAUCGGUACAUCGAUCGUCCGCGAGCGGAAACGAUGUCGUUCGAGCUUCACCUGCAACCACCGGGACCGGAAGCCAGGGCAGUGGCCUUGAAGGAGCUCAGGGAGACAGAGGAGAACGUCAAACAAGGGAUACUCGAGCUCAAGAAGUACCUCGAGGAGGACAAGACCAUCUAUUACAAAACCGACGACGACUUCCUCCUGAUCUUCCUGCGACCAUGCAAAUUCUACGCGAAGAGCGCCUACGAUCUGAUGAAGAGGGUCGCCGAGUUCAAAGAGAAAAACUCGUCCCUCUUCGACAAUCUGAUGCCAGCCGACGAGAAGUCCGCCAUUUUGGAGAACAACGUCGUCAACGUUCUAAAUGGGACCGAUCACAAGGGACGAAGGGUGCUUUUGGUCAAUUGCGGGAAAACCUGGGACCCGUCCAGAGUCAGCGCCGACCAGAUACUUCGAUUAUUCUAUUUGGUCCACGAAAUCGCCAUGUUGGAACCCGAAACCCAGAUAUUUGGAACCGUCGUGAUCAUGGAUUUCGAGGCGCUGGCCAUGAAGCAAGUGUUGGGAUUCACGCGUGCCUUCAGUAUGAAGCUUCUUACCUUCAUCCAGGACGCCAUGCCUCUGCGUCUCAAAGAAAUCCACAUAGUGAAACAGCCGUUCCUCUUCACUAUGGUUUGGCAGAUGUUCAAGCCGUUCGUCCGUGAAAAGCUGAAGAAGCGUAUGUUCUUCCACGGAAGCAAAAUGGCGUCCCUUCACACUCACAUCCCACCGAGUCACUUGCCAAAGAAUUAUGGCGGCGACCUGCCGGAAAUUGAUUACACCAGCGCUGAUUGGUACCCCACUCUGAUAAAAAACGAGAACAAAAUUAAAGAGUGGAAUUCAUACGGAUUUCGCAAGGAGCAAUAGACUGAGAGAGAGAGAAACGACGCGUUACUUGAAACGUCCUGAAGAUCUUCCAUUUGCAAUUGCAAUCCGUUGUACAAAAUAUUAUACUUUAAGUGAUUCUAUGAUAGUUGUGUGUUUCUUAUGAAUUUGUAACUAAUUAUAUGUUUUUAUACAGUAGGUUUCUGUAAAAUCUAUUAAAUGGUUUUCCCAAAAAAUCGGAUCCGUAGUUCAGUUAUGUAUGUACGCGAGAGCAAGCUUUUGCCUUAAAACAGAAGCGAUGCAAGGAUAACAGGGAAGAGAUUAAAUCGGAUUAAACUGGUGGGGAGGCGUAGGGAGGUUGACGAGGGAACAGGAAACGGAUCCGGAAGGAAAGUAAAAUAUGAGAAACUAAUCGAGCGGAGGAAUAGAUUAUAGUAGGAACAGAGAAAAAAAGAAAUUGAAUUCUAUUACCCCAACACCUAACACGUAACACCUGUCCCAGUUCCAUAGGUUAUAGUUCAAUAUUAGAUCAUUUGUAUUCAAAAGACACGGCUACUUGAAAAACGAAUGGAAUUCGAAGCGUAGAAUAGCAUUUAUAAAUUGUAAUAAUGGAUAUCAACUAUGGAUAAACGUAUAAGAAUAUUUAUAGAUAAUGUAGAACCCUUUACCACUGACGCCCC